AUGGCACCCAAAAGGAAACGCUCAGUUCAAGCCGGCAGCGCUGCGGUGCCAUCCGUUGAAGCAUUACCGCCUCCAGCGCCCAAACGUCGCGCUUCCGCAAGAGCCAUCGCCACUUCGUCCACCGUCAACCCGGAUGUCAAUAGCGAUGUCAUCGACGCCCCGAACGCAACCCGUGCGUCACCCGAUAGCGACGUGAACGACGAGGUCAUUCCUGGACCGAUCAAGCCCGAAGUGGAAAAAGAGCCCGAGAGUCCGUUGAGCGAUGUACCCGACGUUGUGAAGCCGCCAGCGAAGAAAGGAAAGGCAAAGAAGGCAAAAGCGGAGAAGGAUGAGGAGGCAGCAGUCGUGCAGACGCCUGCGAAGAAGCCCAGAGGGAAGAAGGCCGUGAAAAAGGAGCAGGCCGAGCAAGAGCAUGGACAGACGGCGAACGCUGCACCGGCGAAGAAGGUCAAGAAGGAUCCCGAUGCCGAGCCCACGGAUCCAGAAGCCGAUGGUGAUGAGCAGCCUGACGAGGAGGAGCUCAAGGAGGCUCUAGGUCGGCCGCCACCAGUGAACACCGAUUACAUGCCUCUGCCGUGGAAAGGUCGGCUAGGAUACGCGUGUCUCAAUACCUACCUCCGCAAUAGCAACCCUCCCGUGUUCAGCUCUCGCACAUGUCGAAUCCAAUCAAUCCUCGAGCAUCGGCAUCCGCUUCAAGAUCCCAGCCAGCCAGAGCACUCGACGAAAAAUCGCCCCGACAAGAACAAGCCCGCAGACGUAGCGCUUGGUCAACGAUAUGUCGAAGCUUUGGGAUUGGCCAAUGUGAAGGACAUGGAGAAGAUGCUUCGAUGGAACCAUCGUUACAACAUCAAAUUCUUUCGACUGUCGUCGGAGAUGUUUCCCUUUGCUUCUCAUCCGGAGUAUGGCUACAAAUUAGCUCCAUUCGCAAGCGAAGCUCUUGCGGAGGCUGGCAGAGUGGUGGCAGAACUCGGCCAUCGGGUUACCACACAUCCAGGACAAUUCACGCAGCUUGGAAGCCCGCGGCAGUCCGUCAUUGACAACGCCGUUCGAGAUCUGAACUAUCACGAUGAGAUGUUGUCUUUGCUGAAGCUUCCUGAGCAGCAGAAUCGCGACGCAGUCAUGAUCCUACAUAUGGGCGGAGUGUUUGAAGGAAAAGAGGAGACUCUUGCGAGAUUCAGAAAAGAAUACGCGACUCUCAGCCAAAGCGUGAAGAAUCGAAUCGUCCUCGAAAAUGACGACGUCUCCUGGACGGUGCAUGAUCUUCUGCCUGUAUGCGAGGAGCUCAACAUUCCCAUGGUGCUGGACUUUCACCAUCACAAUAUCAUGUUUGAUUCGAACCAGAUCCGCGAGGGAACCAAAGACAUAAUGGAGCUCUUCCCACGGAUCAAGGCUACCUGGGACCGGAAGAACAUUCGGCAGAAGAUGCAUUACUCCGAGCCCACGCCUCCAGCUAUUACCGGCCGGCAGCGACGCAAGCAUAACCCUCGAGUCUUCUCGCUGCCCAGUUGUGUGCAGGACAUGGAUCUGAUGAUAGAGGCGAAGGAUAAAGAGCAGGCUGUGUUUGAGUUGAUGAGGAAUUUCAGACUACCUGGUCACGAAACGUUCACAGAUGUGUUGCCAUACAUGCGAAACGACGACAACAAGGUGGCCAUAGCGACGGCCAACAAGAAGAAGAAAGGUAACGACGAACCUGAGGCUGUCCUGAUCCCAGAGGAGGACGUCGGCAUGGGCGGACCUGAAGGCCGCGUAUACUGGCCAAUGGGCAUGGAGGAAUGGUUACGACCCAAGAAGCGAGAGGUCAAGAAAAAGGACCCAGAGGAGGCGAAGGAGAAGCUGAAGAAACAAGCACUCGAGCUCUACAAUGCGCGAGAAGCCGAGAAGGCGGCGGCAAAGAAUGGCGUCGCAUCGCCCAGCGCAGAUGAGGAGUCCGAUUUGGAAGCCACGCCCGCUACGAAGAAGGCCAAGGCCGCGAUGAAGAAGAAAUCCAAGAUUGACGCGGAGAAGGCCGCCAUCAAAUUGGCUGCUGCGGAGGUCAAAGCUGCGACUGCAGCGGCGAAGCCGAAGAAGGAGAAAGCGCCGGCGACGAAGAAGAAGACGAAAGUGAAGCAGGAACAGGCUGUGCCUACGCCUAGCUCUUCUGACAUUGAUGAAGAUUUGGUACUGGACGACGCUGAGGAUGAGGGUGUCGCUAUUCCGGCUGUCAAACCUGCUGCCUCGAGGCAGACUGGACGACGGGCUGGGAAGGCUAGGAUUAGUUAUGAAGAGGAGGAUGAAGAGUGA